UGCUGCUGCUGCUGUUAAUAUUCAGAGCUGCUUCCCAGAACACUAGAGACAUCAACAUAUGUGAGCGACCCUGGAGGACGCCCUGUAUACCAUACGUUGACUGCCAGGGCGUGGAUGGGAGAUACUGCGUGUGUGGCCCAGGGCAGGAGCUGAUUCCCGAGAUGACAUUCAGGAAUGAGAGUGAAAACAUGUGUCAAGGGCUCUUGGUGCUGCUGCUGUUGACAUUGGGGCCUGUACAGAAACUGAGUGCUUCUGCCCCCACAGACUGUGCUCAGUGGUGCCCUCCAGAGUCCUCAUGUGUCAACGCCACGGCCUGUCGCUGCUCUCCAGGGUUCACUUCUUUAUCCGGGGACAUCUUCACCAACCGCUUGGAGAAUUGUGAUGACAUCAACGAGUGUGGACCACCCCCCAGAGUGUCCUGUGGAAAAUUCGCACACUGCCUUAACACAGAGGGGAGCUACCACUGCACGUGCAGCCCAGGAUACGAGCUUGCUUCUGGGGCAAAAACAUUCAGGAAUGAAAGUGAGAACACAUGUCAAGUAAUUUCAGUUCACAUUCCUGAGAGCAAACCAGAUGACCAGAAGCCAGAAGAAUGCUGUGUGGAGUCUAAGCAGAAUUACACAGAUCCACCCCCAUACACACAUAGAAAAUUACAUGAUCAGAAGGGGCUCCCGUCGAGACAAGAUAGCAACAGACGGCAUCACUGGGGACCAGCAGGCAACUUUUUCCCCAGCUGGACCCCACCCCGUGGAAUCAAGAGCCGGAGACUCUCCCGCUUCUUUGAAAAAGUCGAAGAUCUGGCCAGAAAGUUCAUACCGGCCUUUGCCCAGGACAGCAUCCAGGGCCUCAUAGAGGGGGUGGAUGAGUUGUUGCAGACCCCGGAAGACCUGGAGGCGCUGCCCCGCUCAGAGCAGCACCGUGUGGCCACGAACCUGCUCGCUGGCCUGGAGGACGUCCUGAGAAACAUAAGCCAGGCCCUGCCCAAUGGGACAUUGACCUUCAAUGCAUCUGCAGGCACAGACCUGUCCCUGAAGGUGCAAGAACAAGGAGACAGAAAUGUCACCUUGAGUCUGAACCAGGCAAAGAUGCUGCUGAGCUUGGAUGAGGUGCAUGAAUCUAGUGACUCAGGUCCUUCUGUGGUGGGCCUCGUCUCCACUCCAGGGAUGGGCAAGUUACUGGCCAAGGCGCCCCUGGUCCUGGACCCUAAGCAGCAGACAGUUCUGCGUGAACGCAAGGAAUGGCUGGGAGAGGUCUCCCCUGUCCUGCUCUCAGAUGUCGUCUCUGCCUUUGUGAGCAACAAGGACACCCAGAACCUCAGCUCCCCCGUCACCUUCAUCAUCUCCCACCGCUCGGUGACGCCCGGGCCAACGCAGAAGGUGUUCUGUGUCUUCUGGGAGCACAGUCAGGAUGGAGGCGGUCAUUGGUCCACCACGGGCUGCGAGAUGGUGGUCACCGGAGACGCCAGCACCACCUGCCAGUGCUCCCACCUCAGCAGCUUUGCCGUCCUCAUGGCCCACAGCCACGUGCAGGAGGAGGAUCCCGUGCUGGUUGUCAUCACCUACGUGGGGCUGGGCCUCUCUCUGCUGUGCCUCCUCCUGGCAGCCCUCACCUUCCUCCUGUGCAAAGCCAUCCAGAACACCAGCACCUCACUCCACCUGCAGCUCUCGAUCUGCCUCUUCCUGGCCCACCUGCUCUUCCUCACGGCCAUCGACCAGACCAAGAUCAAGCUGCUGUGCGCCAUCAUCGCGGGGGCCUUACACUAUCUCUACCUGGCCUCCUUCACCUGGAUGCUGUUGGAGGGUCUACACCUCUUCCUUACGGCACGCAACCUGACGGUGGUCAACUACUCCAGCGUGAGCAGGUUCAUGAAGAGACUCAUGCUCCCUGUGGGCUAUGGAGUCCCGGCUCUAAUCGUGGCCAUUUCUGCUGCAUCCAGACCUUCCCUUUAUGGAACACCCACCAGAUGCUGGCUCCACACAGACAAAGGAUUUGUAUGGACCUUCCUGGGCCCCGUCUGCACCGUCUUCUCCAUUAAUCUGGCCUUCUUUCUGAUGACCUUCUGGAUAGUGAAAAACAAGCUCUCCUCCCUCAACAGAGAUGUGUCCACCCUCCAGAACACCAGGAUGCUGACAUUCAAAGCGACGGCUCAGCUCCUCAUCCUGGGCUGCACGUGGUGUCUGGGCGUCCUGCAGGUGGGGCCAGCUGCCCGCGUCAUGGCUUACCUCUUCACCAUCAUCAACAGCUUGCAGGGAGCGUUCAUCUUCCUGGUGUACUGCCUCCUCAGCCAGCAGGUCCGGGAGCAGUACGGGAAAUGGUUCAGAGGGGUCAGGAAAGCCAAAGCCGAGCAUGAGAAUUACACGCUGUCAAGCGGGACCGUGUCUGAUGCCUCCAAGCACAGUGCGGUAAGAUAUGCAGUGUUCCCAGAGCACUUCCCUAGCCGAUCCACUUGGGCGUCUCAUGCCUGCCUCACUGGACAACCUGGGCAGAUAGCAGGGGAUGCCCUAGGAAGGCUCAUGCCUGGACUCCCUUCAAGGCACUUCCCUGUCUUGAAACGAGCUCUUCACUAUACUUUCACUCGCUGAGCUUCUGUGCCCUCUUGCACAUGACUGUCCUCUUUGCAUGAUAUGGUGCAACCACUUUUUAACUAUACUUAAAAUCAACAAGAUAGAAAACACUCAGAAGCAGAGAAAGAUGCUGUGGUCAGCUAAGUAAUUGGGAAGUAAUAAUCUGGAGCAGAGAUGCCCCAGCUGUACAGGGUCACUGCAUAUCCUGUAUCCCAAAUCAUUCCAUGCUGUCCCUGUAUAUAAUGAACAAUAAACACCUGUUGUGUAUAUAGUCAUAAAAGUGAAAUAAGGAUUAAGUUGCAUUGAAACCUCCCAUAAAAGUCUGCAAUCAUUCCUAGUAUUUCCAAAGAUACAGACACUGUAAAACCUCAUUAGAGAAUCACAGAGGGCAAGGGGAGAGAUUCUGGCAAUGUGAAUUGUCCCAAGCAUUUGUACGUUCGGGUCCACAAAACUUUUUCUCUUCUUAGACUUCUUUUGACAAUAUUUUAUAGUUUUCUAUACACAAACCUUGCACUUUCUAACACAGAAUCGUUUUUACACCUUCUUUUUUAGGAGAAUUAUAAUGAAGAGCUAACCCUGGUGAACUUGUCUCUUAGAAAGUGAAGAAAACACUGAACUGUCCUCUUUGGGGCAAAGAGUAUUAAAAAUAACUCUCCUUGGCACCACUGUGGGAGAAAAGUAUGCGGGAAACGUUUGUCAUUCAGCUGCUGGCAAAUUUGGGUUUUCUGGUACAUACAAGCAUUCUCAUCAUCUCUUUCCCAGUAUAAUCAGGAGCUCUAACCCAAUACCCCAGUAGAAACCUCUUUUUCCAAAAAGAUUCUUCCUCAGGUUGAUGAUACAUAACAAGGAAAACCAGCCUCAAAGGACUUCCCUAAAAUAACACAGGAGAGGAAAGUAAUAUUCAAAUACCUGCCUGUAGAGUAAACAACUAAUGCCAGUUGCCCAAGACUUUCCUGAUUUUAGAGCUGACAGUAUUUCUCCCCAGGAAACAUUUUGGUUACAGGCAAAGUAGACCAGUUGGUCUCCAUUCAUACAUACAUGCCUCAACUUACUCACUCUCCAUUCCUGAAGCCCUACUGAUUAAUUCCUUCCAAAAAUGUGCGCUGGAUCAAGGAGAUCCAGUUCCCGAGUUCACAGAGUUUAAAUGUGGGGAAAAAAAAGUUUCAUCCAAUGGAGUAAAAUCAGAACUAUGAGACUCAAGUCUCUGCAUCUUUACAUUUUAUAAGUUGAGCUGUGGGGAAAGGUGUAUAUUGCUACAGCACAUUUAUACGUAACAUAAUAUUUCAUCCUUACCACGCAUCUAGGCAAGAUCUAAACCCAGAGUUGUUCCCCCUCCAAGACAUUCCCUGGAGGCUCCCACUGACCAAUUUUAUAACAAUUUGAACAUAAAUGACCGUACAUGAGUAUAAUAUUUUAGAUAAACAUAUUCAUGAGUCCAUAGUGAUACUUAGAGGCUCAGUUAAUAGAUGCAGAAAAUACGACAGAAUUAGAAGAGCAUGAUUCUUUCAAUAUCCCAUAAAUAGUCACUAAAAGCAUUGAGUGAAAGGGUGUUGGAGAACAGGCUGGGACCAGAGCACCAAAGAAUCACCUCUUGGAUCACCGAUUAAUUACAAGGGCCAAAGUGCACAUUUGCAACAUGGAGAUCUGACAGCCACCAUCUGAAUUAAUGCCCAUACUUAAUAUCAUCGAUGGUGGGCAAACUGACAUUAGGAAUAUCAGGAGAUACGUACAUCCCAUUGUUGAAGUUACAACAUCCCAUUUUUAGUACAUAAAAAAUUGAAAUCUAACCCAGUCUUUAGAGAGAGGGUAACCAAACUAUAGCAUGCAGGCCAAAUCCAGGGAACUGCCUGUUUUUGUUAAUAAAGUUUUAUUGGAACAUUG